AGCUGGAACUCCUUCUACACACCUAACUUCUACAUCCAAACCAACACAACACCGUACAGCAUGAAGCAACACCUUUAAAAACAUGAUCCAGCAUUAACACUCUGAGAUGUCUCCACUACCUGGACCUUAGGCUAGACUCUGCCCACUUAGGAAGUGCUGGAUCAGGUCUGACUCAAUCAUGUGGACUUUUUGUUCUGCAGUGAGGGGAACACUGGGAUCUCUGGGAAUUGGGUUACUCACGGUGAACUGGUCGAUUUCUGCACAUCAGAGGCUUCGUCUGUACUCUCACCUACAGACAGCAGGGAGCCUGAGAGUUUGGAGAUGAAUAAGCUGCGUCAGAGUUUGCGCAGAAAGAAGCCGACCUACGUGCCUGAGGCCAGCAGACCACACCAGUGGCAGGCCGACGAAGAAGCCGUGCGCAAGGGCAAAUGCAGCUUCGCUGUCAGGUAUCUGGGUUUGGUGGAGGUGGAGGAGUCCAGAGGGAUGCAUGUGUGUGAGGAGGCUGUGAAGAAACUGAAAGUGAGCGGAAAAAAGACAGUAAAAGCCAUGCUAUGGGUGUCGGCUGACGGUCUCCGAGUCGUGGAUGACAAAACCAAGGACCUCAUCGUUGAUCAGACCAUUGAGAAGGUGUCGUUCUGUGCACCGGACCGCAACUAUGACAAGGCCUUCUCCUACAUCUGCCGGGACGGAACCACUCGCCGCUGGAUGUGCCACUGCUUCAUGGCUCUGAAGGACUCGGGUGAGCGUCUGAGUCACGCAGUAGGAUGUGCAUUUGCUGCGUGUUUGGAGCGAAAGCAGCGGCGGGAGAAGGAGUGCGGCGUCACAGCGUCGUUUGAUGCCACCCGCACCUCAUUCGUCCGCGAAGGCUCGUUCCGCGUCUCCUCGGCCGGUCAGCAGGGUGAGAGGGAAGACAUCAUGAAGCAGCAGCAGGAUAAAAAGAAAGAAGUCUGCUCCGUCCCUGCAGUGCCACCAGGUAACGCCUCACCUCCAGAAGGUGCAGCCACACAGGCAGAACGAGCCGAGGGCGGAGGGCCACACGUCAUCCCUCGCCGCCAUGCGCCCCUCGAGCAGCUUGUACGCCAGGGCUCAUUCCGUGGUUUCCCUGCGCUCAGCCAGAAAAACUCGCCUUUUAAACGCCAGCUGUCUUUGCGCCUGAACGAGCUGCCAUCCACCCUGCAGCGCAAAACAGACUUUCAGAGCAAGAACCCAGUUCCUGAGAUGGACCUGUCGGUGGCUGCUGAAGCAGACAGCAUCAAUGCUCUGUGCAGCCAAAUCAACAGCUCAUUCACCAAACCCUCGGAGGACCUCAGUGGCCAAGCCACCAGCAACGGCAUGCCAGCAUGCAGUGUUCCUCCUGCCAUCCCGCCUCCACCUGCGCCUCAAGGUACCAGCUCGUGGGUCCAGACAGAGCCCCCUGUUCAGUCUCCACCUUCAACUGGCCACAGGCGCACUCCAUCGGAAGCUGAACGCUGGCUGGAGGAAGUCUCCAAGGCAGUGAAAGCCCAGCAGCAGACUCCACCCAUCCUGCCACCACCAUCCACCCAGCAGCCCCCACCAGUACCCACCGUACCCCUCGCUCCAGGCUCUCUGCCCACGUCCAUGCAGCCCUUCCCUAUGGCUUUUGACACCACUCCAGCACCGGUGGGCAUGUAUGGCCAGGUGCCUCUACAGCCCGCCUAUGUGCCUAUGCAGCCCUACAUGCCUGCCAUAGCUAACAGCAUGACGUACCCCAACGCCAGCAUGCCUGUGGUGGGUAUCACACCCUCGCAGAUGGUAGCAAAUGUCUUCUGCAGUGCCACUGGUUCUGCAGGCGGAAGCACUAUGGGGGUUGGCAUGGGGUCCAAGACUAGCACACUCAGCGGCGGUUCUUCGGCUUUUCCCAGCCUGGCCGGGAGCUUUGCUAGCUCUGCGUUCAUCAACCAACCAGCCUCCCAUGGGCUUGCACAAAACUCACUCCCCUCCACCACCAGUGUGGCUUCCAGCAGCGUUACACAAAACGGCACCAUGACAAGUGGGAGUGGCAGCACCACCAACUGGCCAAUGGAGAGUCUGCAGCAGUCCAGUCUCCCAGCUGAUGCCCAGGAAGCAGAGCGCUUUGAGGCCAAGUGGGCAGCUCUGGAGUCCAAAUCACAACCCAAGGCACCCAACCCUUUCUCCAACGAUUUACAAAAGACCUUUGAAAUAGAGCUCUAAUUGCAUUCAUAUGGGCAUUGAUUUAGAACCUGACAUGAGAAAUGAAAUCCUGUUGCUUUUGGCUUGUUUUUUUUCAACUCUUUCAUUCCUUUAAUUCUUGCACUUGCUCUUCAGGGUCACUCCUACCCUGUAGGCAAGUGUCCACUUUUGCAUUUUGUGUCAUUCCAAAUGCAGGCAUAAAACUGUUGACCUGGGAACAUGACCGUAUCCCUGAACCCAACAAACAUAGUCACUUAAUAUUGAAGACUGGAACAACUUCUGGGUUUGAGGUUGCUGUUGCUGCGAAGGCCCAGUCAAGUCAAUCACGUGACCUCCAAUAAAAACCUGCAAAGGGAGCAAAACAUUCGUUAUGAUGCGGCCAAAAUGUUUAUUUAUUACUUCAUUUGUUUGCGGAAAAGAUUUUGAAUCUAAUUUGUGCUCAUUGAAUUAGUUGUUUCUCUGUAUUUUUUUAACAUUAACCCUCUGUGGCAGAAGAUCACGUAUAAUUUGGGAGUAAUCAAGACGCUCUGACUCAAUAGACGAGAACUGAGGCUGCAUGAUUGGAGACUUACUAAUGGAACUGCUAGCAAACGAGAGUGUAAAUAGCAUGUUUUUUUCCUCACCUCUUAUUUAUCACGCUGUUUGUGGAUGUUCAUUAUUAUUCAAGCCCUGUGAGUCACAGCUGAAGCGUCAUAUCGGCACCUCGCCAGCAACACAUGGACAUCACACUGGGAGGCUGAUUAUGCUGAUAAAUCUCUUAGCACAAAGAGCUACAGAGCUAAUUUCAAACUGACACCAGAGCCCCGGCAGUGUAGUAGGAGACGAGUCUAGAAGCUGUAAUGUAAAUGAUGCAAAAACAGAGAAGGUAAAAACGUGCCUGAUUAGACCUGAGCCUGAUUCCCAGUCAGGACUCAGUCACAGUCUGUAGCUACACAAAAGCCUGGUGUUGUUAAUGAUACAGUCAGUUUGGAUAUUUUAACACAGAAAAUAUGUGAACAAGAUCAUGGUGGUUAGUGCUAAUAGGCGUAACACUAAAAGGUGAAUGAAAUGUCAUUUCUCCUGCAAUUGCAUUUGGAGAGUUUGGUUUGAAAACGUUGGUAACGAGGUCAAAUUCAGAGUGCACUGUGUAGUGAAGUGAGGAAGUAAACGGAAAAUGUACGUGGAAAUAAUCAUUUCUAAGCAUGCUGGAGAGCAACUUUGUGACUGAUUGUGUCGAGGUGUUUACAGAAAGCUUGGAAUGUGACGGACUGGACUUGGAUUAGAAAUCCUGGAACGUCGUGAACAUCGUCACUUACCAUGAAGGUCGCUUGUUCAAAAUAUGUUCUUUGGAUUCUGUUAUCGUAAUAAGAACACGCUUAUGUUUCCUGGCUUUUUAACUUUCAGUUUAAACUCUUUAACCAUCCUGGAGAAUAACUAAACUAAUAAUCAUAUAUCGAAGGCUACAGUAUAUUCAGGCGCGUACAUACUCUGGUUUCAGUGCCGGUUCUGCCCCAGACCUUUAUCUUUCCAGGGAAUUCUUCAUUCCAGUGCAUCAUACGUGUUUUAAUUAUAGCGAUGGAGUUCUCACUCUGCAAUAAUGCUCCAUGCUUUCUGGUCAUUUUAUUUUUCUGAAGUGAUAUAAAUGAACGUGCUGAGUGACUGGAUUUGAUCUGACUCUGGGGUCUGGAGUUUCUCAGUGAACAGGAUAAAAGCUAGAUAUUCAAAGCCAGACUGCACACUGUGCUUUACAGAAUGCCCAAGGUAAUAAUAAUAAUAAUAAUAAUAAUAAUAAUAAUAGGCACAAUAGAUUUACAUAUUGCUUGACAGAGACCACACAGUUUUUCACAUCACAAAUCUGCUGAUUUUCAUCCAGUCUGUCGAUCACCAACCACUAAUCUCUAACGUACAGGGUUAACCGAGCCUGUCGAGGCUGCACAACGGAAUCUGUUUCAGUUUCUUUUUCCCAAAGCGACUGUGUUUUUAACGUGGCCGAGCUGCAGGCCUCGCAGGGGAAACGUCCCCUCUACACGAGCGUAUCCGUUCUCGGUGCUCUGUGUCUCACGUGUAAAGAAGCCAGGUUGAAGAGAUACACACUGACUAACCUGCGCUCCAGGCCACACGUCCCCACACAAAUGUAGAUCUCUUUUUGAAAACAAGGAAACUAAAUUACCUCAUAAACUUGAUUGUAAACUGUAAUCUAGCGAUAAACGAAACAAAAUGAAAAAAAAAAGACGGUGGAGUUUAUUUUUAAUCUUUAUUUACAGAGUUUUGUAUUUAAACCUGCAUAUUUGUAUUGUAAUUACAUUGUACAAAGACAAAUAAAUAAUAUAAUAUUAA